UAUUAAAAAUAAAACGUCAAAACAAACCCGUCAUCGUUGGAACAAAAGAAAGAGAUACAGAAAAGCUGAUUUACAUUACUUCCUCCUUUCAUCGCAAAAAAGCUCUUUUCUCUUUCUCCGGCAAUUUUUUAUAUAUACAUACACACAGAACAUAUAUACAUACAUACACGUGUAAUAUACAAUCUAUAUAUCUAUAACCGGAACCGACGUAAUUCAUACUCGAAUUUUUCCAAAGCCGCAAAAAACUGCGUCGUAUCGUACCAAAUUCGAUCGUCGUUUCGCGACUGAGCUUGUUGAUUCGAGGAAUAAAUGGCGGAUUGAAGGUUUCCGUACUUAGAUCUGAAUCUGCGUUUCUGUAAUUUUGUUUCGUUUUCCGUUGAAUUGAGUAGGAGAAUGCCGCAUGAGUCGACGUCGGAGCCCGACCCGGAGGAUUCCGAUAAUGAACCCGAAUUCGUUGAGGUCGAUCCCUCCGGUCGCUACGGUCGGUAUAAAGAAAUACUAGGAAAGGGAGCUUUCAAGAAAGUAUAUAAAGCUUUUGAUGAAUGGGAAGGAAUAGAGGUGGCAUGGAAUCAGGUCAAGCUAGCUGAUCUCUUGAGAAACGCCGUUGAUUUAGAGCGCUUGUAUUCCGAAGUUCACUUGCUGAAAACACUUAAGCACAAAAAUAUUAUCAAAUUUUACAACUCAUGGGUUGACACGAAGAACGAGCACAUCAACUUCAUCACCGAAAUUUUCACGUCCGGAAAUCUUCGACAGUAUAGGAAGAAACAUAAGCAUGUUGAUGUGCGAGCAUUGAAGAAAUGGUCUCGACAAAUUCUAGAGGGGCUUUUGUAUCUUCAUAGUCACGACCCUCCGGUUAUUCAUCGUGACUUAAAAUGUGAUAAUAUUUUCGUUAAUGGGAAUCAAGGGGAGGUCAAAAUCGGUGAUCUAGGGCUUGCUGCUAUUCUUGAGCAGGCUCGUGCAGCUCACAGUGUGAUCGGCACGCCGGAAUUCAUGGCACCGGAGCUUUAUGAAGAGGAAUACAAUGAGCUUGUGGAUAUAUACGCCUUUGGUAUGUGCUUGCUUGAGCUAGUAACCCUCGAGUAUCCAUACGUUGAAUGUGCUAAUGCAGCUCAGAUAUAUCGGAAAGUGACAGCUGGAAUCAAGCCAGCUUCAUUAGCACAAGUGAAGGAUCCUGAAGUUAGGAUAUUUAUAGAAAAAUGCAUUGCAAAAGUAUCUGAUCGGUUAUCAGCUAAAGAUCUGCUGAUGGACCCAUUUCUCCAGUCGGACGAGGAUUUCAGGAGUAAAGGUCAAUCACUAAAGCCGCAGCCUUCUAAUGCAGGUGAUAAUCGCGAGAAGUUUGAGAAAGAGAAAACCCCUGAAGACUCUAUGCUCGAAGGAAGUCGAGAUUUCACAGUGGAAGGUCAAAGAAAAGACCAUAAUACGAUAUUUUUAAAACUCCGAAUAUCAGAUUCAUCAGGCCAUGUUCGAAACAUUCACUUCCCGUUCGAUAUCGAGGAGGACACCUCGACAGCUGUCGCAAGCGAAAUGGUCGAAGAGCUCGAUCUAACAGACCACGACGUAUCAGUCAUAGCAGCAAUGAUCGAUACCGAAAUCCAAUUCCACAUUCCCGAUUGGGUGCCCAAAGAACUCUCCGGCAACAACAGUUUCACCGCCGAAACACCUCCCCAAACGGGACCCACACCACCUCAACAAGAAGAUGCCUCCCCCACAGCAAACGAUUCUUUGCAGUCAGGUCCUCUGGUUUUAGAAAAAUUACCAUCCGGCCGUAAAUAUUGGGCCGACUCACCCAAAGCCAGCGGUGCAUGCUCUCCACUCAGACCGGGCCCAUCGAGCCUGCUAAUGCCAGACGAUUCGGUGGCAUCUGGAGAUAGCUGGUACGAAGAGAAUAAUAAUUCACAGUCUCCGAUUAGUUAUAAUAUUAAUAAAGAUGCAAGUAGUUCUUACGAUGCUUCUCCAUUGAGAGGUGGUUAUAACAGUAAUACGACGGCACGUGAAAAUGAUUCGGGCGAUAUUAAAAUGAUUGUCGAGAAACUCGAGCAUGUGCUGGAUGAGCAGAUGAAGGAGUUGGAUGAACUGAAGCAGAAGCACAAAAUGGCGGUUUUGGAUCUUUUGGAGGAGCUUCCGCACGAGAGCCGCCAGAGGGUUCUUACCAUUUGCAACACGAAGAUAUCCGGGCAUAAAAAUGCAUGAAUAAUUCAACGGAUUAGUAUUUUUAUUUUAAAGUUUUGGUAUUUUUCGAGCAGGUAGUAUUGUUGAACUAUUUAAGCAUGUGCAGUUAUGAAAUAGGUUAGUGAUAUACGUAUACCUACCUUGUCGAAUACUUAUUCAAAAUAAAUUCAAUAUGCAAUUACAAUUAGGAGUAGAAAUCGAACGGAUCAGAUAUAAAUUAACAUUUUCGAAGAGAUGCUACUUUUUUUU